AGCCUGUAGAGACAGAGAGGAGGAGGCACAGUUACAUUUGACAAGGAGAAAGAGAAGAAACAGGAAGUGUCACAGGAGAAGAAACACAAGAACUUCAAGAAACAGUGAGGAGAUGUUACUGUACAUUUAUGGAGGAAGAUGGAAAAGGAGAGAGGAAGGUAAAAGAUAUAAAGAAUAUGCUCAGAGAAAAGAGUAGUGAGUGAGAGCGACGCCGCUGAAAAAGAGAGUGAGGACAAAAUUGAAUUGUAGAUUGAAGGAGCCUCUCUCCUCCCUUUUACCCUCCCUCUUUUAUUUAUCUCAUGCGAAACCACGCCUCCCUCCUUUCACUUGUCAGUGCAUCUAUAACAGUGAGCUGUCUGCACUUGGCUGCGUGGGGGGUGAGACAAGCUCCUCACUCAGCCAACACAGGGGGACCGUAUCAUAACGGACCGGACCGGACUGGAUGGUACUGGACUGCCCAAAACAGAACUUGACAGUGAGAGGCUGAUCCCUGUGGGAGAGGAGAACAUCAGAGACAGCUUGUUUAGAGAGGAAGGUUGAGUAAGAGAGCUGCAGACGCCAGUGUGUGUAACGAAGGACUGAAGGGGUGACCACAGGGUAGUGUGAUGGCGGGGAAGGGGCUUUCCGCCCCUCUCCAUCUUCUUCCUCUCCUACUCAUUUUGGUGGGAAUCCUUCCUGUGGCCCAGGGCUCUGGCUACCUUUCUGGAUAUCGCCAGAGGUCUCGUCUGCAGAGGGACCGCCACGCCCGCAACAUCCGACCCAACAUCAUUCUCAUCCUCACAGAUGAUCAGGACAUAGAACUGGGCUCAAUGCAGGCCAUGAACAAAACCCGGCAAAUCCUGGAGAAAGGCGGCACACAUUUCUCCAAUGCCUUCUCAACUACUCCCAUGUGCUGCCCCUCCCGCUCCUCCAUCCUGACAGGAAAAUAUGUGCACAACCACCACACCUACACCAACAACGAGAACUGCUCCUCACCCUCAUGGCAGGCCCACCAUGAGCCGCACACCUUUGCUGUACAUCUCAACAAUUCUGGCUACAGGACAGCCUUCUUUGGAAAGUAUCUGAACGAGUACAACGGCUCCUAUGUGCCCCCUGGCUGGAAGGAAUGGGUAGCACUGGUUAAGAACUCUCGCUUCUACAACUACACCCUCUGCAGGAAUGGAGUACGAGAGAAGCACAGCAGUGACUACGCAAAGGACUACCUGACAGACAUCAUAACCAACGACAGCAUCAACUACUUCCGUAUGUCAAAGAAGAUGUACCCUCACCGUCCUGUCAUGAUGGUCCUGAGCCAUGUUGCUCCGCACGGUCCCGAGGACUCCGCCCCGCAGUACAGCUCUGCCUUCCCCAACGCAUCACAGCACAUAACUCCCAGCUACAACUAUGCCCCUAACCAAGACAAACACUGGAUCCUACGCUACACAGGAGCUAUGAAGCCCGUCCACAUGCAGUUCACUAACGUGCUGCAGCGCCGGAGGAUGCAGACCCUGCUGUCUGUGGAUGACAGUGUGGAAAAGGUGUACAAUAUGUUGAUGGAGACAGGGGAGCUAGACAACACCUACCUCAUUUACACCUCAGACCAUGGAUACCACAUCGGCCAGUUUGGUCUGGUCAAGGGCAAAUCAAUGCCUUAUGAGUUUGAUAUUCGGGUUCCUUUCUAUGUUAGAGGACCUAAUGUGGAGCAAGGUGUUACUAAUCCUCACAUAGUGUUAAACGUAGACUUGGCACCAACUCUGCUGGACAUGGCCGGUGUUGAUAUCCCUGCUGAAAUGGAUGGCAAGUCUAUCCUUAAGCUGCUGGACACAGACAGGCCAGUCAAUAGGUUUCAGCUGACUAGGAAGACUAAGACUUGGAGAGAUUCUUUCCUGUUAGAGAGAGGGAAGCCUCUGCACAAGAGAGCUGAUGGGAAGGAAAUGGCCCAAGAGGAGAACUUCCUGCCAAAAUACCAGCGAGUGAAGGACCUGUGCCAGAAAGCAGAGUACCAGACCUCAUGCCAGCAGCCAGGACAGAAGUGGCAGUGUGUGGAGGACCCGACUGGCAAGCUGAGGCUGUAUAAGUGCAAGGGCAUGGCUAGUCUCUAUGCCCCGCGUAUGCAGGCUCUGAUGGCCAGAGGUGCCUCUAAUCUGGCUCCCACUUUGAACUCGGAAACCUGUAACUGCGCGGAUGUGGGCUUUAAAACAUCAGUGAUGAAAAGGAAGAAGCUUCUCACAAAGAAGAAGAUUAAAUCCAGUAAGACUGUCUCUAGGAAGCGCUGGGCCCGCUCUGUGUCCUUUGAGCUGGACGGAGAUCUGUAUGCAGUAGACUUAGAGGAGGGCUACCGGCCCCUGGGCUCCACGAACAGCAGUUGGGCUAGAGACAUGACUGGAACAGAGGGAAAUGAGGAGGACAAUGAAGAGUUCAGUGGCAUGGGAGUCACAGCCAAACCCACAACCAGCAAUAAACUCACAACUCCUGCUGCGCUGAAAGUCACCUACAGGUGUUCUAUUCUCAUGAAUGACACAGUUAAAUGUGAUGGAGGCCUGUACAAGUCACUUCAAGCGUGGAAAGACCACAAACUGCACAUUGAGCAUGAGAUCGAAACCUUGCAGACCAAAAUCAAGAACCUGCGGGAAGUCAAAGGUCAUCUGAAAAAGGUGCGGCCCGAGGAAUGUCAGUGUGACACCCCCAGUUAUCUGUUGGAGAAUAAGGACGAUCUCAGGCUCAACACAGGGCGCGUACAUUCACACAGAAUGCCAUCAAAGCAGAAGAGUCAGUGGUUGCAGAAGGAGCAGAAGCGCCGGAAAAAGUUACGUAAAUUCCUCAAGAGGCUCCAGAACAAUGACACCUGCAGCAUGCCUGGCCUCACAUGCUUCACCCAUGACAACCACCACUGGCAGACACCCCCCUUCUGGACAAUGGGACCAUUCUGUGCAUGCACCAGUGCCAACAAUAACACUUAUUGGUGCCUGAGGACCAUCAAUGACACACACAACUUCCUGUUCUGUGAAUUUGCUACCGGUUUCCUGGAGUAUUUUGACAUCAACACUGACCCAUACCAGCUGAUAAAUGCUGUCAGCACACUGGACCGCAAUGCUCUGAAUUCAAUGCAUCAACAACUCAUGGACUUAAGGGGCUGCAAAGGACACAAGCAAUGUAACCCAGAGAAGGGAGGAAAAGAACGAAACUACUUCAGUGAAUACAGGCCAGUUCACCGUCGAAAGAGGCCAAAAGUGAAGAAGCCUUCCUCCAAAUCGCUAGGGCAGAUAUGGGAAGGUUGGGUAGGUUAACUACCUGCAUCCCACAACCCACAACAUUUGCCUCCUCCAGUAAAGAAAGGAGAAGGGGAAGUGAACACGUAUGUGAGGACCUUGACCCCACUUGGAUGGACCAUAACAUUACCUGGACAUUACCUUACUGUAAACUAGGUUUUUUAUUCCUGAGAUCGCUGCUCUGUAACUCUGGUCCAUAUGGAGGUGAUGCUAGGACUGAGAGGAAGCAUCUCGUCUUCCAUCAAGACUCUGUAGUUGUCACUUCAAUCUUCAGACAUAUUUCCUCCUCAUUAAAAACCUUUGUAACCAGAAUCUGCCAGGACCAUUAACACAAACAGGAUGCUGUGAGUCAAAGGUGCCGUCUGGUGUCCACAUGCCACUGUUUAACAAUUUGCUUGUACAUAGUAUACAUACCUGUUUUAAAAAGAUUUCUGUCAUAUCACAUUGGACUUGGUGGAAACACGAUCUGUUACAAGUCACCUCUGCUGCUACAUAAAGACGUCAUGGCCUAAUGAUGUCUCUUUGACACAAGCUGAUGAGAAUAACACAAGGCAUUUUUUAUUUCUCUGCACCAUCGUGUCUGCACAUGGAAGUGGUAUGGACUUUAAAAAGCCAAUGGUAACAAACUCUUCACCAUACUAUUUUUUAUUAUAGUUGGUUUUAAAGCUGAUGAAUGUCCUUCCUGACGCAUCAUCUCCCUGAAAGCUGUGAGGUGUAAGUUGACCAGAGACUGCCUGCCUUGAUCCAGUCCCCUCCACUGUCAGUCACACUUGUAAAGGACUACACUAACCAUUAUCUCAAAAACGAUACGGUCGAAAACCUCCAGAAUAUUUGACCACCGUCAGAAUGCGUCAUCAGUGAAUGCCAUUUUACUCCUUUGUAUUGUCGGUACCACUCUGUAGAAUGAUCAAAUAGUUUGUUCAGCGUCCUAUACAUGGUGCUACAGGAUAACAAUACAGAAGUAAACUUUUGCUGUACAGUACAGUAUGUAUCUGAAUGUAUGUUGUGCAAUUAAUAUAAAUGUUUACAAUAUUUUUUAUAAUAGAGGACAGGAAGACCUCAUUGUAUGAAAUGAGUUGAAAGAAUGGAUUUAUAAGGAGAAAUGUAGCUUGAGAACUUGUAUUGCCCGCAAUUAUACGUUUGUUCUUUACAUCAGAAAAGCACUUAAAGGUUUCACUGUGAACAUAUGCGCCAAAUUUAAUGGAUAUAUCGUUUACUCUGUGCCAGAUGAACAUCACAGCUGUGUAAUGCUUAGGCGUAUUGGUGUGAAUUACAGCUACCUGCCUUUGUAAGCUUCUUUGAUUUAUUUUAGCAAGUAUUUCCGUAGACUUGAGUGCUGAUUGUAAUUGUGAAUAAAGUGUCGUUUGAACAUGAA